CACAUUCCGCUCCGAGGGAGACACACCCUCUGAUCCGGAGGAGGGGAGCUGGUGCCGGGAUGCAGAGCGGAGGAACACACCGCUGCUGUUGCUGCUGGGGAGUUUGAAACCUGAAGAAGAGUCUCAUCUCUCCUCCGCUUCAGACAGAGAAACACACCUGCAGCGGACAUGACCGACACAGCCAAACACUGGACUCCUGAUCCCCAGUGACCCGCAUCACCAUGCCAACUCCCCCGAUCCUCACAGCAACCAGGAGUCCUCGGAGAAGUCGUUAGGUUUACAACCGUGAGCCUUCAUAAAGGGGAUCCAGUCAGAGAGAGAGAGAGAGAAAGGAGGCAGAGAUGCUUUCCCAGCGUGGUGCCCUGCUGGUUGUCCUGUUCCUGGUGAAGAUGGGACCUGUGGAUGGAUGUGAAUGUCCAGAAGCGCUAGUUUUAUCCCAGUUUCCCUCUGAGAUACCAGCUGACGUCUGUUGCUUGAACUUAUCCGGCUCUACUUUCAGCCACGUGCACUGGUCCGUGUUCACCAAUGAGACGAACAUACAGACGCUGGAUCUCUCCUUCUGUAAUAUCAGCUCUGUUAAUAUGAGCAGCAAAGAGGUGUCUACACUACAGAGGGUUUACUUAGGUCAUAACAGACUCACAGCGUUGCCACAGGGGUUUCUGGGCGGGCAGCCGAGGCUCGUGGAGGUGGAUUUGAGCGGGAAUCUGAUUCAAGAGCUUCCUGAGGGUUUCCUCCAGGACUCAGAAGGCCUCACGAAGAUGAAUCUGCAGGGAAACCAGCUUCGCCUCCUCCCAGGCUCUGUGCUGCAGAAGCCCCAUCUGCAAACGCUAGAUCUGGAUGGGAACCCGUGGGAUUGCUCCUGUUUGUUACUGGAAGGCCUGGAGGACGGCGGGAAGAUCAACAGGACAGCUAAGCUGCAGGAUCUGGUGAAGAACUUGACCUGCGUGACUCCUCGGCACCUGGCCGGCAGGACCGUGUCGUCUGUGAGGAUCAGCGACGUGUGCCGCCCUGCCGGCCUCACCGCUCUCUUCAUCGUGCUGCCGCUCCUCAUCCUCUCUGCCUUGGUGCUCUGCUGGUGCUGCGGGAGGAAGAGGAAGAAGAAGGAGGCAUCAAUAAGCACCUCAAAAAAGAGAGCUACCAACUCCACCAACGGCCAGAAGCAUCGCAGCAAGCAGAAACCUGCAGCCGCUGAUCAGAAUAAAGUAGAGAAGAAAGAAGGGAUCCUGAAGAACCAGCUGCUGCUACGCCCGGCCUCCACCCUCCUGGGCAGCACCAGAGACAUCUACGAAGAGGUGGAGAUUAAGUUGGGUUCGUUGGAGUCUCUUCCUCAUGUGACCUCCAUCUGCUCCAGCUCCACAGAGGGGAAGCAGGUUCCCCCGGGGUCUGAAGGGUCCAACAAGACCGAGCUUGACACAGUGAGCGUGACGGAGGUGAUGAAGGACUCAAAUGACAGAGAGAAGGCGUACCUCACACAGUCCACUGAGUACUACAGCCUGGUGCCGGGGAUCGAACUUGAGGACUCGGACCACGGCGAGUAUGAGAAUGUCAGCCUCUCGUGACACCGGGUUACAGGAACAGCUUAAAUUUAUUUUUGACAAGAGUUAGAUGAGAAGAUUUGAAUCCUACAUAUGUUUGUUUUAAACUUUUUAAAAUCUAUUUCCUCAAUCAGCUUCUCAGUUUGAAGUCAAACGAAAAAAUUCAGAGUUAAUUAACUCUCACAAAUUUCUGUAUUUUAGUUUUUAGCUGUGCUCUUUUCAUUGGUUUGAACAUCUUUGACUGUUAUUCUACAACAUAUCGACAUGUUCCUAUACUUAAACUUUGACUAUUGCUUUUUUAAAAAUUAAAAUAGGAACUUUUGAAACCAAGUUCUUUAGGGGCUUAUGGUAUGUAGCCGUUAGCUUAGCUCAGCAUAAAGACUGCAAGCAGGGAAAACAGCUAGCCUGACUGCAUCCUGUUUGUGUAGGCAUGUCGAUUCAACUUAUUAGAUACAACCUAUAAAUGAGCGAGCUUUGUUUAAACUAGAAUGUGAUCAAGCUUAAGUUAAUCCACCCACGCUUUUUUACAUUGUGACUAUUUGCAGACUUGUUUUAAAGCUACUGUAGCCGGUUAGCUUCCAGCUAACAAGAAAAUUGCUACCGCUAGUCAGUCACCAAAGUUGCGAGCAGAGCUUCUUUCUGUUUUCUUUGUAGUAGGAUUAUUCUUUCUUUGUACUCAGGAGCAUAUAUCUCAAAUUGACAUGUUGAAAUCUCCCACCUAUGCUUAUGGCAUACCAAAUUUACUCCUUGAAACCUCAGUCCUCAAAUAAACUUGCAAGAUAGAUAGUUUUUGUUUUAUUUUUCUUUAGACUUUAAUAUAUUGCUGUGGGUUAACAGAUUUUUUACCAUUCAAACCUCUUUUGAAAUGUCUUUAGCCCUUUAUUUAUUUUUCAGCGAAUACAACCCUAAUAUCUUAGUUUAUAUAAAUAACAUAGGACCAUGGAAACAUGCUAAGGGAUAGGCUAAGCUAAUCCUGUCUCUGAGAACUUGCAUCUUUCUUCUCAUCUAACUCUUGGCAAGAAAGUGUUUUCCAUCAAAAUUUCAAAUUAUUCCUAAACAGAGACCCUGUGUUUGUGUUACAGUAAAAGCAAGUUAUCUAUUAUCUGAGAGAGAGAGUGGUCCGACCACUGUGCCAUCACAAUGUAAGAGGAAGUGAUUUAAUCCAGAGUUUUUCCUGUGGGACCCGAGGAACGCAGUGACGCUUUGAAAGGGAGGCCCUCCUUUUUUCACUCUGGAAAAAACUAAGACAUUUAUUGUUUAUGUGAUGUUGCACUCUGUGCAAAUGUACACUUCCUUUUGUUUCCACCUGUAUUACAAUGGACAGGACAUACUUUAAAUGCAUUAUUAAUCUAAGUCAGGCAAUCCUUUGUGUGCACUCUCCUUUACCUCACCAAGUGUAAUUGUUAAAUGCUUUCCAGUUUGACCUGUACUGCAUACAGGAUGUUCUGGAUUCUUCACUUUAAGCUGCACAUCCAGAAAUGAACAAUGACUAAUCCCAUUUUAGUGCCAACAGUUAAUUCAUUGUGAAAUGUGGAAUGUAAAGCUUAGGUGAGGAGUCUAAAUUGAUAUUAUGCCUCUGGAUAAAGGAUGAAAGGUUUGCUAAUGUUUCACGUCACGUACUAAAUGUUGGAAACAAUCAGCGCAGUCAGAUCUAAAUGCAGGAGAACGCUGGUUUUAAGAUAACAAUCUCUGUAAAGUAAACUGAAGAUGCAGAGCAUUUCUGUGCAGUGGUGCUACCACAAAAUUACACUGGAGGCACAAAAGACAAAAACAGAAAAUCAGGGUCAUCCAAGUUGAGGAAAAUGUCUCACAGGAACGCUAAUUGGCUCGUGUUUAGUGAGACGGACACACAGAAAGUGGGUGCAGCCUUAAGGGUGUGGAGCUUCCUGGAAUUUGAAACAACGGAGGUGUAAUUUCCAGUGGGUUAUCAAGCUUUUUCCUUCAAAGCUUUAUUUAUGGACACUGUAAGGUUUACUGUCGGAGGCCCUUGGGUCAAAAGACAAGCAGACAAAUGAGUGAAUGUUGCUUUUGUAAUUUUGUUCACACAUAAAUAACCUGACAUACCAAAUGUAAUUGUAUACGAGACUUUAGCUAUUAGGCAAGUUAAGUUUUAACAAUCUAGUGGUCGCUUUAUUUAUUUGUUUCAUCUUAUUGUUAACUGUCAGAUGUACCCAAGAAUUGGGGUGAAUAAAUCCUGUUUGUUAUCUUUUGUGAAAUGAUGUCACUAGCCGAGUUUUUAUCACAUGUUCCUAUUUACUAAUAAUUGGAAAAGCAGAUUUGUUUGAUAUCACGAGGAACAUCCGUUAAAAAGGAUGACGCUGACGUCACAGCAUAUUUACACUGUUUACUUUUGCUCUUGUGUUUUUUGGAAAUGCUAAAAUGAGAAACCAGUCCCCAAAAUUGUACAGGCUUGCUGUGCUGUUAUGGUUGCUAAACUAGGCUAAGCUAACAGUCAUUCAAACCCGUCUUUUCAGGUUUGAUUAACUAUAACCUCACUAUUUAAAGGCCUUCUAAUUAUACAUAAAAAAUAAGUCAUUCAUUUGGAUGAAGAUAGAAAUACAUUUCAUUCUUGGCAGUAUAGAAACAGGAGACUUUGAUGUUGGUCCAAACCUGCUGAGAGUAAUGAGACCUAUGACCUCGCCUAUGGCUUUUUGCCUUUAAUCGGAUUGGACAGUGGAGAGUGACAGGAAAGUGGGAGAGAGAGUCGGGAUGGGAUCCGGAAAGGACCACAGGUCGGGAAUCGAACCCGGCUCGCCGGCGUACGGUGCAGGUGCCCCAGCCAGUUUGCCACGGCCGGGGCCUGACCUCAAUAUUUUAAAGUGAGACUAGGCCUUACCCUCUGUUUUUUGGUCAAACAGCUUUAGUAACAGCUGCUAAUUAGCAUAUAGCAUUAGUGAUCCUUCUCUGUUGAAACCAAAUGGGUAUACUGGUAUUAUGCACUGAUUGUUUUCAUAAAGUUUAUUCUGGCAGAUGCAAUAUCUUCACUGUUUUAUGCUAAAUGUUUGUUGUUGAAGGAGAAAUAAAUGCUUUUUUCAGGA